GCUGCUUGCAAGUCUCAGAGAAGAAGCCGUGUUUUGGGCUUUUGGCAGAGUUUCAAAGGGUUUAUUUCUCUUCGAUUUCUCUUCGUCUUCACUGUCCAUGUGAUCAUUCAUCUUGGUACUCGGCUGUCAUGUCUGACGUGGAGCAAAAACUAGAUCAGCACAAAGGUAUCGAGUCUCCAAGGGAGCAGACUACAACGGCGGAGAAGAGGAAUGCCUUCACCGAACUCCUCUCGUCCCGAAACAAGCAGCCAAAACACGCGCCCAGCAACUCCCCCAAAGGCAACGUACCACGCGGCCGCAAGGCAUUCUCUGGAGGCCGAGAUGGACUGGGCGCAUACAUCGCUAAGCCGGAGUCAUAUCCCUCCAGCGUCGUAGUAUAUCAUAACGAUGACUUCGUCGCGAUUCAUGAUAUGUUCCCUAAAUCGUCGCUUCACCUGCUCCUCCUCCCACGCGACCAAUCCAAGACCCGUCUCCACCCAUUCGAGGCCUUUGAGGAUGCCGAGUUCCUCGCCAAGGUCAAAGCAGAAGCACAGAGGUUGCGCAAGCUCGCUGCGGGCGAGUUGCGACGAAAAUAUGGCAAGGACUCGGCACAAGAGCAAGCGAGACGGGCAGCACUCAACGCCGACCCGGCUCCAGACGAACUACCCCCGGGACGCGAUUGGGACCGGGAGAUUAUGUGCGGUGUUCAUGCAGUCCCGUCAAUGAACCAUCUACAUAUCCAUGUCAUUGCGGUAGACCGGUAUAGCGAGCGGCUGAAACACCGAAAGCACUACAACAGCUUUUCUACGCCAUUUUUCGUGCCCCUAAACGACUUCCCCUUGGCGGCGGACGAUAAGCGGCGGCAACCAACGGCGGAAGGCUAUCUAAAACGGGACUUCGUCUGCUGGCGCUGUGGUGAACCGUUUGGGAAUCGAUUCGCCGAGCUGAAGAAACAUCUAGGGGAGGAAUUCAAAGAAUGGAAGAGGCUCUAACUGACGGGGCCGCCAAGCGCAGACUACCACGUCCGCUGCAAGAAGAGACCAGCCUGUUUUCAAAAUUGUAAAUCGAGCCUCCGCAGUCCUUCAAGAAUGACCUUCGGAGGCAGCUAUAAUGGGCUAAAUUUGUGUUAUGUGUAAAUGUACAUCCUCCGGUGUCACAGCGGUAGACAGACAGACAGAAAGCGCGCAGAGCAUUUCUCAGCGUGCGCGCCACGGCUGCCACCGCCGAUUUGCCUUGACAAGAUUCGGACACAAGCCUUGCGCUUCUCUAGUCCCCAAUUCCCCUCACGAUCAAAUGGAGAUUCCUGGUUGCAUGCCGUUGGUUUACGCGCGGGCCUUGGACUUGCUGCCCUUGACCUUCCGGGCUUCUGGACGGUUGAUGUGGUGGGCGGGAAUCCAGUCAGCGUUGUAGGUAGUGGCCGAGGCGAUAGCGGGGCUAGGAGUGUCCUCGACAAUCUCGCGCUUAGCAGGAGUCUUCUUCUCGCCAGACUUGCCACCCUUGCGCUUCUGGGGGAAGUAGGGAGCGACCCAGACAGUGUAGAAGAAGUAGACGACACCGACGAAGCAAGCCAGGAGGAAGAAGUAGAGGAAGAUACUAGGGUUCACGGUUAGUGCCAAUUGAUCGCAGAUGAAAUAAAGGCGCGAGAUGGAGGGGACGGGUGGCAAUUACAUCUGGGGGUCGAAGAUGCUGGUCUCAGGCUCCACCACGCUCACAGUGCCAUUGAAGGCCUGGACGGUGAAGAAGUGGCCCUCGCUGUCGGACAUGAUGGCUGCAAUGUUCAAACGGAUAUCCACUGGGUGCAUCUCCGUCGCGAAGCUGUAGCUAAUGCUCUCCUUCGAGUUCGCGGGGAUCUCGACACCGUAACGGGUGGCGGUCAGGUUGCGAACGUUCUUGCUCUGCUCGUCGAGACUCCACAGGCUGCCGCCCACGAAGUUGACGGUGACAGGGUUUGGCUCAUCAUUGGUGAAAGCGAUCAGCGCCUGGGUCGGGUGACCGUUGACGAGCUUCACACCGAAGAUCUCGGAGGCAGGGAAAGAGGCCUCUGCCGAGACGGCAAGGCUGAGAGCCUCAGUCUCCGCAACAUUCUCGGCAUCCUAUGUGACAAAAAAGUCAUUAUGUCAGUCAAUGGCCAUUGAGCGUCUCCACACCAUGUGAACUCUCGCAAUUGAGACACCAGUCUCGUGAACAAGCCAGGGCAAACUUACAGCAGCGAAGCCGGUGCCGA